AUAUCUAGGCCGGUCGCGACCGCGAAUUAUCCACAGUCGCGCGCCGGCGGCCGACGGAGGAGGACGAGUGGAUUACUGAGCGGAGAGCGGAUUUUAAGUGCGUGCGCAGUGCGCGAAGUGUGAACACGGCGCCGGAACACGGGACGUUGCGAAGGUUAGAUAAAUGGUGAGAGACCAGCACAAGCCAUGUACAAUCUAAACGUGAACGUGAAUCCCAGUCCGACCGGGGCCGCGGGUUUUCUCGGUGUCACGGCGGCGGCGGCCGAGGUCACGCCAAGGACACCGGAAAUCGUAAAUUCGCUGAUCGCCAUGACCAAUCCCUUCGAGGGUUACGGCAGCGGUAACGAGAAGGGCAUGCGGGAUCGUACGGAUUCGACCAGCAGUGGUGAACCGAGCCCGCCAAGCGUCCAGCACACCUGUAGUCAGCUUAUCAAGGAAGGGCUGAAGCUAACGCUGCAGACGAAGAGGCGGGCGAACAGUAGUGGCGACGACGGCAAGAAGAAGACGAGGAAAGAGGACGGCAGCGGCGCCGACGACGAGGAAGAGGACGAGGCGAGCAACAACAACAAGAUUGGCGAAGCGGAACACAUCAGGAUAAAAAAAUGCGGAAAUCCUUGUCGUUUGCAGCUGACGGCGGAGGAUGAGGAGCGGCGCCGGCGGCGACGCGAGCGCAACAAGAUCGCGGCGACCAAGUGCCGGCUGAAGAAGCGCGAGAAAACGGUGAUCCUCGUGCAGGAAUCCGAAAUCCUCGAGACCCAAAACCACGACCUGAAGUCCCAGAUACAAGAGCUGGAGACCCAAAGGCGCAGGCUGGUCGAUAUGCUGAGCCUCCACGGUCCGACCUGCUUGAAGCAGGGCGUGGACGCAACGUCGUAUCAGCAGUUCGCCGAGCCCCUUCAUCUGCCCACCUACCAGGACAAUUUUGUGCCACAGCAACCCCCGCCGGCCCUGAAUCAGCCGCAGAACUGCGUCUCCGAGUAUCCGGUGAAGGUCGAAGAGUACGAGACCGAUUUCUACCGGCAGAGUAGCCCAUUCGUGCCGACAACAUCGGAUGCCGGUUGCACGGUUUAGCGAAACGGCGAAAAUCGUUUUUCUUCGCCAUCUCGAGGGAGGGAGGAUCGCCGAGAAGCCCGGAAUGCGUGUAAUUGAAGGUUCUUGGAGUAUUUGAGAUGGUUUCACCAACGUUAAUUCAAUUUCACGAUACAGAACUUUCGAAGAUGUCUAAAAGAUAUUUAAGGAACAUAUUUUCAUAAAAAAGAUAUGUUGUUCCACAGACACAUGGAUCAAUGUUAACAAAGAUUGAAAAUUAUAUGAUGAACGUUAAUUAACGUUGGUGAAAGUGACUCUUCGCGCAAAUCCAAUCUUAUAUAAAUAUUUUUAAUUUUUAUGCAAUUCAGCUUUUUUAUCGCCUUCGUGCUAGCGGAAUAAAUCUUUGUUAUAAAAUUUCAAUUGUAAGUUGAAAGUCCUGAGAAAACGUUCGAAAGAAAUUUUUUAUAUUUAAUAUAAAUAUAUUUCAUUAUAUAUUCUAUUCACAUAUUUUAUAUAGUUUGCAUAUCAGAAUUUUAGUAUACGUUUUAUAAAUUUUAAUUAUUAAUUAUUAAUUGAUGUAGAAUAUAUAGAGAAACGUUUUAUUUUUGAAUUGUGUAUAUUUUGAGUAUUAUGCCUUGCUCGAUAAAAUGAUUGACGUCGAGUUGCCAAUAACGGCAGGAUUAUAUGCAUUCCAUGUACAAGGUAUCGGAGAACUGAGAGAAAGUGAUUUCGUUGAUUGCCUUUAAUUUUUUAUUUCGUUGAUUGUUUUAUUUCGUUGAUUUUUUUAAUUCUCUUAACCCUUUAGUUUUCUAAACGAGCCAUCCGAGCUUCUCACCGUUCGUCUCUCCCGAUCGUAUAAGUCCGUAGCUUGUAAGUCGAUUAUUAUUAAACCGCGAACAAUGAUUUUUAUCUUUCGUCUUCCUUCUCAUCCAUCGAUCUUUCCUUCCCCUUUCUUUUCGUUUCAUUUUAUCCUUUUCCCUUUUUUUUCUAACGAACUCUUGUUAUACUCGAAAUACGUUCAACGUAGAGAACGCUUGAAGACAUUCCUUCGUAAUAACCGUACUGUGACAUUCUCUUAUAAGGCCUUUAAUUAAUAAUAUAAUUGAUAAUGUAAGAUAAAAACGGAUUGUCCAACGAUGCUCACUUUUUUUACACAAAUUAUUAUUGCUAUUAUUUAAAAUAUCUAAUAAAAGUUAUUAAAAUGCAAUAUAUCAAUAGAAAAGUUUUGUUCAUGAUUCAAAAUAUUAUUGAUUUUAAUUAUGUUAAUUAUAGAUUAAUUUUUGUAUUCUUUCGAAUUUUUUUAUUCUUUUGACUGAUUUAUAAUUUCUGUUAACUAAAAAGAUUGCUUCUCUUUCUAUUAGUAAUAACGACAAGACUUUGAAAGAGUCCGCUUUUAUUUUUUUCAGUGAGUUCAGACAAGCGAAUACAUUAUCUUCUUUGUUUAUUUCCUUUUUAUACUUGUCGCGCCGAUGUAAAAAACUAGUGAGACGAGUAAGCAUCGUUAAGAGAUAUUUCGUCGUUAACUAAUAAGCGAAAAUCGAGACACCGCGUCGAACAUUUUGACGACAAUUGGAGAGAAUUAUUUUCAAAUCGCUUUAAAGUCACACUUUUCGAAAAAAAACAUUGGAAAAUUUCAAGAUUCUCGAUAUAGAACUUAAUAUGUGAAAAAUUUGUUCGAGAUUAAUUUUGGAGUCCUAGAAAAGAAUCUUUUUUAUAUUUGUUUAAUAAUAAGUGGAAAACCCCUAUUUAAGAAAGGGUUUGAAACGUUUUGAAAAUGAGUCCUUUAAUUUCACGAAGUGCGUGUCUCGGAUUUGCGAGACAGUGAGAAAAGAGAGUACAUGCGAGUACCCCGGUGUAAGUAAUUUAAGUCUUCUCUAUCAUUGAUAUUGAUUAUCAAGGAGUCGAUAACCUGUUCAGAGGAUACUUAUAAUUAUACAAAUAAUAAUUAUACAAGAAUGAUAUUUAAUAUUAUAUAUGUACGCAUAUAUUUUAUACAAAUGCAUAUUUUAUAUAUAUAUGAAAUCCAUGUAUAUAUAUAUAUAUAUAUAAAUUAUAUAUGUGAAUUAUUCAUAUAUGUAUAAAAUGCGUAAGUAAUUGCAUAAAUAAAUGCACGCCAUUAACAAUUAAUGAACACUUAACUACAUGACGAUUAUUAAAUAUUAGAAUCGUUGGAAAAUCGAAAA